GCCAUAUUUCCAUUAGGGGUGAGCUGUAUUGACCCUAUCACUUCUUCCUGUGAUUUCAUUUAUGCCUGGAAAGAUGGCUCUGCAGAUCCCCAGAGGCCUCUGGACAGCGACCGUGGUGGUGAUGCUGGUGGUACUGAGAAGCCCAGUGAUCGAAGGCAGAGAGUCUCCACAGGAUUUCGUGUAUCAGUUCAAGGGCCUGUGCUACUUCACCAACGGGACACAGCGGGUGCGGUAUGUGACCAGAUACAUCUAUAACCAGGAGGAGUACGCGCGCUUCGACAGCGACGUGGGGGAGUACCGCGCUGUCACCGAGCUGGGGCGGCCGGACGCCGAGUACUGGAACGGACAGAAGGGCGAACUGGAGCGUGUGCGGGCCGAGGCGGACACGGUGUGCAGACACAAUUACCAGUCUGAGUUGCGCACAACCUUUAAGCGGCUAGUGGCACCGAAAGUGACUGUCUCCCCAUCCAGGGCAGAGGCUCUAAACCACCACAACAUGCUGGUCUGCUCGGUGACAGAUUUCUACCCAGACCAGGUCAAAGUUCGGUGGUUCCGGAAUGACCAGGAAGAGACAGAUGGUGUCGUGUCCACCUCCCUCAUUAGGAAUGGGGACUGGACCUUUCAGAUCAUUGUGAUGUUGGAAAUGACUCCCCAGCGUGGAGAUGUCUACACCUGCCACGUGGAGCACCCCAGCCUCGAGAACCCCAUCACCGUGGAGUGGAGGGCACAGUCUGAAUCUGCUCAGAGCAAGAUGCUGAGUGGUGUUGGGGGCUUUGUGCUGGGGCUGAUCUUCCUUGGGCUGGGUCUCUUCAUCCGUCACCGGAGCCAGAAAGGACCCCGUGGACCUCUGCCAACAGGGCUCCUGCACUGAUGCCUCAGAGGAUACCUUGAGACACUUCAUUCUUCCGUAAUUCCUGCUAUUCCAUGCCCAGAAUUUCUGACUUCUUUGAGGUCAGAGUCCUACAGUGGUGACCCUGGAGCAGCUACCCGUGUGUUUCCUACAUCUACUCAGCAUCUACUCAGACUCAAGCAGCUUUGUUUCCAUUACUCCCAUCCUCAAGUGUUCAAGACAAUCACAUUGAAAUGAUUUGUUUGAUUAUAGAGCUUUUAUCACAAUUAAACAUUUCUAUGUCCUGUC